GACAUUAUUCUGGGAAGGCUGGGGAUGAGAGAUCAUCAUCAUGGGGAAAAGUAACAGGAUUUCUCCACCAGAUUGAGGAGGAGUUGAUGGCACCACCAACUAUUGCUGCAAUAGUGGGAUUCAUCUUUGGGUGUGUGCCAUGGCUGAAAAAUCUUCUUGUCAGUAAAACUGCUCCUCUGCGAGCGAUCCAGGACUCAAUUAAAUUACUUGGGGAUGGCGCAAUUCCCUGCAGCACCCUUAUCGUGGGAGCUAACCUCAUUCAAGGUUUACGCUCGGCAAAAUUGAGGCCACUGCUCAUCGUAGGAGUCAUUGUAGUGUGAUACAUGAUACUACCUAUGAUUGGAAUGAGUGUUGUUAAGGUAGCUGGUGAUCUGGGUUUCCUCUCACCAGACCCUCUCUAUCAAUACGUCCUAAUGUUACAAUUUACACUUCCAC